AUGGCUAAUAGAGUGAUUGAGUUACAAAAGAUUUUCCAAGGUUCCGGUAAACCUCUUUGGUGGAGACACCCAAGAUCUGCCUUCUACUUGUGGCCAUUUUACGGUAUCUUUACCGUUGCUCUUGUAGCACCAUUUUUGUACAUGCCUAAUGCUGUUAGAGGUAUCAAGGCCAAAUAA